ACACACAGAGCCAGUUGGCUUUUACCAUCACCUGCUGCGUAGCUGCGCACACGCUGUGACGAUUGCUCUGCGCUCUUUUCUUUUUCGCGCAAAUAGAUUCUGCAGAACCUGCAGAUAGGUUACCUUUAUAACGGAGGAACACAUCAGCGGGUCCGUGCGUGUGCUAAUAUUUUUAAUCAGUAACCUCUUGCUUACCUGUGAGUGGCCGUUUGACCUGGAUGCGUAUCUAUCCAAACUGCUGUACGAAUAUCCGCGUCGCUCCACAUCUCCGGCGUUUGGCCACGAUGGGGCAACACUAACAAAAGUUAUAAUGGUUUGUGCUCGCUUGACUCGCAGUUGGGUUCAACCAGUUUUGAGUUUAUUAUAAGAAACACCUACCAGCCGUGCGUCAGGCAAGCUGCUUUUACGCACCAAAAUGAGCUCGGAGAAGCCCAACUUUCUUUCGCAGCCAGUGGUGAAGAACAUUUUCAUGUACCGCAAUGGCGAUCCAUACUACGAGGCGCGCCGGAUAGUGAUAAACCAAAAGAGGGUGUGCAAUUUUGAGACUUUGCUAAGAGAGGUGACCGGAGGGAUACAAGCCCCCUUUGGAGCGGUGAGGAACAUCUACACGCCGAGAGGAGGUCACAAGGUGGACAGCUUGGAGAGCCUGCAGAGCGGGGAGCAGUAUGUCGCUGCUGGGAAGGAAAAGUUCAAAAGGCUGGAUUAUCAACAGAUUGGCUCAAGAAAGAAGAAAAUGAUGCAGACACUUCCAAUACAGGCCAAACCUCUUCCACAGAACAGAAUCAUCGUGUCGGCUCGAUUUCUGAAGCCCAUCAAGGAGCCUUGCACAAUAUUUGUCGUAGCCAAUGGUGACGUCUUGGACCCUGCAAUGAGGCUGCUCAUCCACCAGAGGAUACUGGGCCAGUUUGACAGAAUACUAGAAAUGAUCACAGAGAAAAUGGGCUUGAGAGUCUUGGGUGGUGUGCGGAGUCUCUACACCUGUGAAGGCCAGCAGGUGACUGACGGAAACCAGCUAGAGAUCGGUCAGCUUUACGUGGCAGUGGGAAGAGAAAAGUUUAAGAAGCUUCCCUACAGCGAUAUACUCUUCACCAAAACCAAGGGAACGAGGAGGCUCAAAGGAAUGAAAGCUUACUCACUUCCACCUAUCUACAGAUUCUCAAAGCAAAGUGGAAACCAGAGCAAGUCCAUCGUUCGGUGCAGCGAUAGCGGAGACGGGGAGUCCAAGGCCUCUCCUCAGAGCAUUAACGGCAACAGCAAAGAGCACCUGUCGUCCAUUGUCAGAGAGAUCUCUCAGGCCAGACUCCUUUCACUCAGGAAGAGGAGGAGUGGACAAAGCUUGAACGAUGAGCCGGGACCGAAGACCGAUGAUGGAAACACUGAAGGCAAAGUCCCCCAAGACCAGCAAUCUGAAGAGAAACUUGACACCGAUGUUGCAAAAGCCACAGAGGAGAACAGCGAAAAGGCAGAAGAGAAAGAGGAGGCCGUAGCUGAAAACACCACCGAAGGAGACGCUUCGGCCAGUGCGGACGAGAAAACGGAAAUCCCGGAGGCAAACGGUGCAAAAGAGGGAGGAGAAGAAGGGGAGGAGGAGAAGGAAAGCGAGGACAAAAAUGAUGGAAAAAAAGAUGGAGAGGCAGAAACAGGGACUGAGGACAAGGUGGAGGAGGUGAAGGAAGAAGUGAAGGAGGAGGUCACAGGGGAGAGCAAGGAGCAGGUCAAGAGUGAGGAGCAGGGAUCCAGCAGUACGAACGGUGAUAAGAGCGAGGACCAUUGUAAUGAUCUAGACACAGGGGAGGAACAGAAAGGGACAGAAAACGGCAAUGACCCAGAGAGGACUCGGGCAGAUAACGAGACAAAAGAGAGCGAUAACAACAGAAGUAGCAGUAGCAACAGUAACCAAGAGAAAGGCGUGCGAGAAUCGAAUGAGGGAGACACCAAAGAGUCGGGAGAAGAAGAGAGGGAGGUGAACGGAGAGGUCAGCGGAGAGGAUGAUGGGUUGGAAAUUGAGGCGGAGCUGGAGGUGAAAAAUCUAGCCAACGGCAAAGAUGCAACGGCAGAUGGAGAGAAAGGGGAAGAUGAUGAUAAAGAGAAUCAAGGCAGAAAAAAUAAAGACUAGGAAAGACAGAGAAAAUGUCAAAGUUGUUGAAUGAUCAAUGCUGAAAGUAGUGAGAAAAAUAAUGAAGAUGGCAACGAUUUCCCAGAAAUCAAAGCGGGGCUAAACUGCUGUCAGAGUUAUUUUAGUAGAUGGUUGUGAAGCUGGAUUGAAAGGAAAGCGGUUUUACAAUGCUGAGUGGGUAAGACGAGCUUUGAAUGGCUGGCUGCUAAAUGAUUUCAGGUAUGAAUUAAUCAAAAUAAUGUUAUCCAUAACUAUCAUGUUUGACUGAACACAUACAAGCUAUAGUGGUGUGUACAGAUUUUGCAUUAAGACACACCGUCACCUCUGGGUUGUGUUAUUGUUCCGGUUUACACUGCCCGUUAGCACUGUCGUGAGGGACGCUGGGAAAUUAAGACUUAACUUAGAAAUUAAAUGUUUAAAUUGAGAAUUGAGGUACGAUUGUGCUAGCUAGUUUUUAAAAGGUGGUUUUGUAUGUAUGGUGCGUUUGGGUUCUUCCCAAAGCAACUGAUGCAAAUGGACUUUUUAAGUGAGUGUAAUAAGCUACUGUUUGUGUAACACUAUAUGUGUCCGAAUGAUAAGCUGAAUCAAAUAGUGAACACAGUUUGAAAGUCAGAUUUUUAAAGCUAUUCAAUAUUCCUAGUCUGUGUUAAUGUAGCCACUGUGUCCAAUGGAUAUUGGUUUAUUUAUAUAUCUGAGAACA